AUGACGGACCCAAACGACCCUUCGGCGCCGUUCAAUCAGACGGAGUUUGACGAGGCGAUAGCCGGUUUGAACCAAACGGAAAUUGACGAGUUGAUGGCGGGUACGAAUCAAACGGAGAUUGAUGAGGCGAUUGCGGGUGCGAAUCAGACUGAGGUCGAUGAUUUUUUACUGAGGAAUACGGGAUCGAAGGAGGUUAAUCAGACGACUGUGAUUGGACUUAUGAAGGAGACGAAUCAGACUUUUACUUGUCAUAAUAUGUUGUUGCCGACGCCGAUGCAGAAUGCGAGUUCGUGGGCGGCGGUGGGGUGUUUGAGAGGGUUUUUUUGCCCCAAUAAUACCGCCGAGCAUCUACCAGAAUACUGUCCACCAAGUCCAGAUUGCGGUGCCAGAAGAUUAAUGUCAGCAAUAUGCGAGCCUCAAGGAAUCUACGAACCCACAAUUUGCCCAGCAGGAUUUUACUGUCCAGUAGUCGACGGCCGAUCGCAAAAGUUUCAAUGCCCUUCUGGGAGUUAUUGUCGGAGAGGAUCUGCUGCAGCGAGGAAAUGUAGUAUCGGUUCUUAUUGUCCUGCAGGUGCGAAGAAAGAAACGUCGUUUGUGGCGAGUGGACUUGCGAUAUUGAUUGAUACGAUUUUGAUUACAAUCUGCGUUUUCCUCAAACUCCGAGCUUUCUACGUAGCCAAAAGUAAAAAGGGCAAGAAAGUCAACAAAAAAGCCGCCACCUUCUUCACCAAAGGCGCCAGCCUGCCCAACUUCCGCGGCAAAAACUACGAACAACUAGAAGAUGAGCAAUAUCAUGGCUCCAUCAGCCCGGAAUCACAUAACAUGAUCCCCAUGACCAACACCGCAGCUUACCGCCGCCGACCCACUGGAUUUCAGGAAAUCGGACAAGUCGAGCACAAUUUCUCACUUGCGGAUCAUAUCAACGAUGAUGAUGUGGCAGAUAGCACUGAUUUACAGCGUUUCGUUCAGUCGCUUUCGAAGAUUCUGGGGGCGACGAAAUUUGGAUUGACGUUUGAGUUUCAGAAUUUGAGGUUUCAUCCGUCAAAGGCGCCGAGACCUAUUUUGCAGGAUGUUUCGGGGUGUAUUAAUGCGGGGUCGCUUUGGGGUGUGAUGGGAGCUUCUGGGGCGGGAAAGUCUACUUUCGUCAAUGUUUUGAUGGGAAAACAAGCUGGGAUUACUGGUAUUACCAAGGUCAAUGGAGUGGCUGGUGAUAUUAAGAAAUACAAGAAAAUCAUCGGAUAUGUUCCACAAGACGAUAUUGUCCUACCGGAAUUGACUGUUCGAGAAAACAUUCUACAUUCCGCUCGAAUUCGUUUACCUUCGAAUUGGUCUGACUCUGAAAUUCAACAUCACGUCGAUGUGCUGCUAAGCUGUCUUCAACUCUCUCACGUCAAAGAUUCUCUUGUCGGAAGUCCUGGUGCACCUGUCAUCUCAGGAGGUCAAAGAAAACGAGUCAGCAUUGGUAUGGAACUUGCAGCAGCUCCAAUGGCUCUAUUCCUCGACGAACCAACAUCCGGACUAGAUGCCACAGCAGCCGCAUCCAUCAUGUCAACUCUCAAAGCCCUCUCACGUCUCGGCAUGACCAUCAUCACCGUAAUCCAUCAACCACGACCUGAAAUUUUCGAAUCCCUCGACAGUCUUGUCCUCCUCGGCGCCGGACGAAUGAUCUACCAAGGUCCCGAAGACAACAUCCGCCCUUACCUCGAAAACUUAGGCUUCCACUUCCCCGAACACUCCAACCCCGCCGACAUCAUGGGCGACAUCAUCGCUGGCGAAGGACGACACUACAAACCCACCGGCGACGCCUCCGUGCAAUGGCUCAUCGACACCUGGGCAACCACCCACCCCUCCAGCGCGCUCGACAAAACCAAGAACUCCACCAUAUCCACCACCGAAAUCACCUCCCUCACCUCAACCAUCAAACAACGCGGCGCCCCCUUCCACCGCCAAACCCUCCUUUGCCUCAACCGCUCCCUCCUCCAACAAUUCCGCAUGAAAUCCUCCUUCUUCUUCGAGCUCGGCGUCGGCUCCAUGGCCGGUUUCCUCAUCGGCCUCUCCCAGCUCAACGGCAAAGGCCAGGUUUUCCAAUCCAUCUACGUCGAGCCCUACCAAUUCAUCUCCUCAGCCGCCCAACAUACAUCGAUCCCGCAGAUCGCAUUGCUCGUCGGUCUCGCCAUCGGUCUGACCGCGUCUGCGCCGGGCGUCAAGGUGUUUUCAGAGGAGAAACUCGUGUUUUGGCGCGAGGCGGCCGCGGGACACAAUCGCUUUGCUUAUUACAUGGGGAAGGUAUUAAGUACGAUACCCAGGAUGAUAUUGGCGAAUUUCCAUUUCACGACGCUUUUCAUGUUGUUGAGUACGCCUGAUAUCACAUUCUUACAUAGUUUCGCGGUGAACCUGCUGUAUUUCUGGUGUAUCUACGGUAUCGCAUCCUGCAUAUCCAUGGUUACACGUCGCGAAGACGGACCGCUUCUCGCCGUUAUGUGCUCCCUAAUAGUCGGCGUCCUAAACGGCUUUUCCCCCACCCUCUCCACGGUCCGCGACUGGAAACUCGCCUGGCUCUGGCGCGCCUCCCCUGGCACCUGGCUCGCUGAAGCGUAUUUCACGGAGAAUCUGACGCCGUUGCGCCAUCUGUAUGAUAUUGAGACGGCGAGGGAUACGCUGGGGUAUUGGUUGGGUGUGUAUACACGCGAUUGUUUGAUGUUGCUUAUGUUGGGGGCCGUCUAUCGCGUGUUGGCGUUUGGGGGACUGAGGUUUAUGUAUCCGAGUCGGCAGAGGUAG